AUGCGAGAAUACCGAACGCCAUAUGUGAAUGAGAACUAUUCGGGAAUCAGGAAACCAACAAUAGCCGCAAACAACUUUGAGCUAAAGACGGGGCUCAUCAACAUGGUCAUGGCGAACCAAUUCUCCGGAGCAGCCACUGCAUAUCCGAAUCUCAAUCUUCCCAAUUUCUUAGAGAUUUGUGACACAAUCAAAGUUAACGGUUUUUCUGAUGAUGCAAUUCGGUUGAAGCUAUUCUCAUUUUAUGUCGGAGACAAAGCGAAGAGUUUGUUUCUGAUUCUUAAUCCCGGAUCACUAACUUGUUGGGAAUAA